AUCAUUCCGCUCGCUGGACGAUGGUGUAGUACGUCCAGGUCACGCUUCGCCAUGGACAAAAACUUUGAAAUCACUGACUCGACCGAUUGGCUCGACACCCCUCUAUCGUCCUUCUCAGUGCUCGAGACCGCCUUACGAUGUCAAGUGUGCAAAGACUUCUUUGAUACACCCAUGAUUACGUCCUGCUCGCAUACAUUCUGCUCACUUUGCAUACGGCGCUGUCUCGCCUCAGACGGGAAGUGUCCAGCGUGUCGAGCGAGUGACGACGCAAGUAAGCUGCGGCGUAAUUGGACUGUGCAAGAGGUCGUGGAUGGUUUCAGCGGCGCAAGACCGCAGGCACUAGAACUGGCGAGGAAAGAGAGCGAAGAGAAAGAGGAUCAGGGCAAGGGGAGAAGGAAGCUGAAGAGGAAGAUUGUCGACACUGAUCUAGAAGAGCAUACUUCGCCAAGGCGGAGCCAAAGGACGACAAGAAGUCAGGCAUCGAGAACUGAAGUGACACCAGCGCAUGCGGAGGCCAUCAGCAUAGAGGACUCGGAUGCUACUGCGGAGGAAAGUGAAGAUGAACAACCGGAGCCAGAUGAUGGUCUGGUGCCUUGUCCCAUGUGCAGCAAGCGUAUGAAAGAGGAGUCCGUGUUCGUGCAUCUAGACCGCUGUGAAGAGGAGCAAAAACAGGACAAGAAGCGAGCAGCGCAAGUAAGAUUGUCCGAAACACGCUCGGCGCAUACACUCCCACAACAUAACUCAACCGCCCCGCAACGCCUCCCACAACUCAACUACUCCAUCCUCAAAGACAUAGCCCUUCGGAAAAAGCUCCAAGAGCUCGGAAUCCCAGCAUGGGGCCCAAAACAACUCCUCGCUCGCCGUCACACCGAGUGGAUAAACCUUUGGAACUCGAAUUGCGAUUCAAGUCGACCGCGUAAAAAGAGCGAGCUGCUGAGAGAGCUGGACCAAUGGGAAAGGAGCCAAGGAGGACAUACACGCGACUCCGCGAUACCGAGUGUGAUGCGGAAAGACUUUGAUGGGAAAAGCUGGGCUCAAGAUAACAGUGAUCAGUUCCAGUCAUUGAUAGCGGCUGCUAGAGCUAAGCGAAACCAGAAGAAAGAAGGGCAAGAGAGCAAAGACACGAAUGGCGAUACCGAGAUGCUCGAAACUAGGACGGGCCCACCUAAUGCAGCGAACACAGAGACGGCCACAAAUAGUGAUGAUUCCAAGAUCGCCCAUGACGCCGAUGAAGCCGCCGUAGUAUCGCGCGUGAUACCCGACGUUCAAGCGCUCUCCAGUAUCAGGAAUAAGGUUCAGGCUGCCAAUGACGGCGUGUUGGUACAAGAGACCCCUGAGGACGCUUCUACUCGAAUACUUUCCCUCAACGGUAACUCAGAUCAGUCACAGCAGAUGACUUCGGUUCCAUCGCUUCACCCAGGAAGUUCGGAGUCUCUGGGUAUGUCCCCAGUCAAGAAGAUACCUAUGUUCGCUAUCCCAGAGGAGCCAGUGAAGGAUAUCGAAACGGAACAGGCCGCUCAAUAGCGGCUAUGAAGUUGACGCACCUGGAAGUAUGUCGGAGUGUGCAUAGCAAGUCUUGUUCUGCAUGUGGCUCAGUAUGGUCCUCCAUUAGCAUUUAGCGUUACAUGUCUUAGUAUUGCAAUAUGAUCACGACUUCUCUGUUGCUGUGAAAGGCUCGAUGUAAGCACUUUUGCAACAGACAUACUCAACAAGAUUGUGACCAGCACUUGCAACACAGCUCAUUUCCCUCUAUGCAAGAUACAAAUGACACGCCAACGUUCUCUGAACUUUUGUUAGAACGCCGAAGAAUGCUGUGAGAUUACUAUGAACUAUUUUUGUGCGGCAUUCCGCAUCUUGCGUGCCGCUCGCUUCUCAUGCCGAUUCCUAGCGAUGAUAUGUUGGACGCCCUUGUCUGCAGAACCGUUGACCUUAGCAGCGUUG